GAGCGUGCAGCUGCCGGCGGAUCGGGGCGGGAAGAUGUCGGGCCAGUCCAUCACGGACCGCAUCGCGGCGGCGCAGCACAGUGUCACCGGCUCGGCCGUCGCCAAGGCCGUCUGCAAGGCCACGACCCACGAAGUCAUGGGGCCCAAGAAAAAGCACCUGGACUAUCUAAUCCAGUGCACAAAUGAGAUGAAUGUGAAUAUUCCACAGCUGGCUGACACACUUUUUGAGAGGACUGCCAAUAGUAGCUGGGUAGUAGUGUUCAAAGCUCUAAUUACAACACACCACCUCAUGAUGUAUGGAAACGAGCGCUUUAUCCAGUAUCUUGCAUCCCGAAACACAUUGUUCAAUCUGAACAACUACCUGGACAAAAGUGCCAUGCAGGGUUAUGAUAUGUCAACCUUCAUUAGGCGGUAUAGCAGAUACUUGAAUGAAAAAGCACUUUCUUAUAGACUUGUAGCAGUUGACUUCACCAAAAUGAAAAGAGGGAUAGAUGGAGCAAUGAGAACAAUGAACACAGAAAAACUCCUGAAAACCCUCCCGAUUAUUCAGAACCAGCUUGAUGCGCUCCUUGAUUUUGAUGCAAAUCCAAAUGAACUAACCAAUGGUGUAAUUAAUGCUGCCUUCAUGCUCCUCUUUAAAGAUUCCAUUAGGCUUUUUGCAGCCUAUAAUGAGGGGAUUAUUAACCUGUUAGAAAAGUAUUUUGAUAUGAAAAAGAACCAGUGCAAAGAAGGUUUGGAUAUUUACAAAAAGUUCUUAGCCAGAAUGACCAAAUUGUCAGAAUUCCUCAAAGUAGCAGAGCAAGUUGGAAUUGAUCAGGGUGACAUUCCAGAUCUUACUCAGGCACCCAGCAGUUUGCUUGAAGCAUUGGAGCAACAUUUGGCUUCUUUGGAAGGGAAGAAAACAAAAGAAGUUUCAGCUGCCAGCAGAGCAAGUACCCUGUCCAGUGCUGUUUCCACACUUGCCAACACAGGAAUGUCAUUUAGCCGAAUGGAUGAGAGAGAGAAACAGCAAGCACUGGAGGAGGAACAAGCUAGACUGCAAGCACUUAAGGAACAGCGAUUGAGAGAGAUUUCAGUGGUGUCAAAUUCCACUUCUACAUCAGCAUCUCCAAGCACCUUGUCGGGGAAAAGUGUUAAUACUACUUCAGCUGUUGACCUCUUUGCAGCACCAGCACCUACAACCAAUAGCAUGCCCAACCUCUCUACAGAUCUCUUUGAUCUUCAGCCUGCCUUUGUUCCAACUGUACAGAGUACUCCAGCUAUAGCGACAUCAGCAAGUAAUGCGUGGGGAGGUCCUUUCUCAUCCUCAAAUGGUUGUGUUGGUUCUCCACCCUCUCUGGACAUCUUUGACAUGAAGCCAGUUGAAGAAGCUGUAAAAUCUACCACCCCUUUCAUCAAUUCCACGUUUACCUCCAAACAAACAGUGGAACUGUUUAGUGAUGAUUUUAGUGGUCAUAAGCCUACAUACACUUCUGUAUAUCAUCCUUUGACUGUUGAUGGAUUUCCUGUUCAGAGUGCCACCUCUUCAGCAAUUAAUGUGGAUUUUGAUGCUGUGUUUGGGGGAAAGUCUACAGUACCUGAGUACAGGGCUACAAGUGAUGAUGUAUUGCAACCAACUGUACCAACACAAAGUCAGAGACCAGUGCUAGUCAGUCAGAGUGGAAAAAUUUUAGCAAAUGACCUUGAUUCUUCGCUUGCUAACCUUGUGGGAAAUCUUGGCUUUGGAGGAACCCCAGCUAAAAAGUCAGACAUGCAGUGGACUCAGCCUACGGAGAAAAAACUUACUGGUGGAACAAACUGGCAGGCAAAAACAAGCACAUCAACCACAUGGAAUCCUGCCCCUAUUCCUCCUGUUCCACAUAUAGUACCUGCUCCAAUGACUUAUCCAGUUACCACACCUCAAGUGCCUGUGUAUGGGAUGGUACCGACUCAGAUUGCACCGGCUCCUCUGAUGGCACCCCAGCCAAUGAUUUAUACACAGCCAGGCCUAAGGGCAACAAAUCCCUUUGCACCUGUUUCUGGAACUCAGAUGCAGUUUAUGUAGAGCCACCAAAGCAUCAAGAUACAUUAACAACCAAAUAUUGGUAA